AAUAACAAUAACAAUAACAAUACCAAUAACAAUAACUUGAAUAUAAAGGGAAUUUGUGUUAGUGGUGUGCCUAUAAAAGUUGCUGAUGAAAUUAUUUAUGAGAAAUGAAUGCAAUGCACAAACGAGAAUUUCACUGGAGCUGCGAAUGCUGAUGAUGCCGCUGAUGAUGAUGAUGAUGAUGAUGAUGAUGAUGUUGAUGCUGGGUCUGAGGGAUGUGAACGCAUCCGUUGCGGCCACGAACAGAACAUGCAAACAUGCCACGAACAUGUGGGGCGAUCCGAAUCCCAAUAUAUUCUACGUAUGCAACGUGGCGGACCAAAUGCCGCUGCAGCUGCAGUGUCCACAGGGAAGGGGAUUUUUCAAUGGCCAUGGCCAUCUGGGCUGUCUGCCUUACGACCAAUGGCCAGCCUGUCGUCUCACCGCGGAACAGGCAUCCGCUCAACUCGUUGCCGGCUGUGACGGGCAACAGCAGCAACAACAACAACAACAGCAACAAGCAAAAACAAUGCACCAGCCGUGGGCCACCAUGGAUCCCAAUCAAUUCUACAUGUGUCCGGGUGUUAAUGCCACACCCCUGCUGCUCAGUUGUGCCCCAGGCAAAGGGUUCGUUCAGACCGCCCAGACCUCGGGAUGUGCAGAUUGGCCACAAUGGCGACGUCAGAUGCAGUGCGAGGGAUUCUUCUGAAUUGAAAAUACCAACAGUAAAAAUGUAUAUAAAUGCAUAUGAUAUGCCUUUCACAUGCAUAUUGUUAAUAAACGAAUUCAACUAAUAGCAACAACAACUCAACAACAAUUUUAUAUGCUAUAAAUAUGUACAUAUUCUUUUGUAUAUGUGCAGCGAGCAUAAAUGUGAUGCUUAUGGUUCAAUAACAAGUGAAAGUGAUGUUUUACGAUAAAACAA